CCUGGUCGGAAAUGAAAAAGACUGUCCAAGGUGGAGCAGUUUUUUCUUUGUGCACGUAAUUUUUUCCCUAGAUUUCAGUAACUUAACUAAAUCGAAGUCUCGACGACGUGUCCAGCAUUAGUCACAUGACGGACUCAAACAUCAGUCUUCAAGUCUCGUCACUCGUUGAAAUGUUGCCGCCUACUUUAGCAGGCAGUAGCCUGGCUAGCUAACCGCUAACAAAGCUGUAAGGCACGUCGUCAAGCUUUCAAAAAUCAAAUGAGAAAUAUGUUCGCAAGGACUACACCGGCUGCAGAAAAGUUCCAGGAGGAACUAAGUGGAGUAAAAGAGGAGCCCCCGCGCCACCAAGACACGACUGUGUGCAAAAUAAUGCAUGCAAAGAUUGUUCUUCGCAGAUUACAAGAUGUCAGUCAAGUGCAUCGUCCUGAACGCCAGGAGUCUGCUCACAUGGAAGAAGAGGAGGGGGAGGAAGAGUCGCCAUACGCCAAGACCGUGAAGGAAGAGUUCAUCCACAUAAAAAAGGAGUAUUUCAUUAGAGUUGAGAACCCCCACAUUGAGGAGCACCAGCAACCUCAACCCCUCGAAAAAGAGGAGGAGGACCAGAUAAAUGUUAAAGUGGAGGUGGUGGACAUCCCCAAUGGGACUGAUGAGACCUUGAAGAGGGAAGCUGGAGGUCCGAGUGAGGCCAGCAGAGGGGCGGAGCCACUGAGUGGCAGCAGUUCAAAAGAAGGAUUCCAAGUAGACAACCUCCUCGCUCGACCAUCAGAGAGUGACGACUUCACAUCACACUCGCUGUUCUGUUUCAAAAAAUAUCUUGGUGCUGAGCCAGAAUCUCCUGGCGUAAAAGAGGAUGUUGAGCGCCCCCAAAUCAAAGAGGAGGAGGAGCCAGAGCCCUGUCAACAGAAGGAGAGAGAAGAGCACCUUCCAAUCAAAAAGGAGGAGGAGGAGCUGCCAUAUGGUAAAGAAGAGGAAGAGCAUAUCACCAGGUUGACUGGUGGGCCCUUGAAGAGUGAAGAAGGUCCGAGUGAGGCCAGCAGAGGGGCGGAGCCUCCAAGCGGGGGGAGUAGCAGCAGCUCAACUGAAGGAUUGCAAGCAGACAUUGACAUUGCUCCAUCAGACAGAGAUGGCGUCACGUCAUACUCGCCUUCCAAUGAUAAUGGUCAUAAGACAUCUCACGGUGACGACAAACUCUGCAAAUGUUCUCCGUGUGGGAAAACCUUUGCUAAUAAGUAUACUUAUCGUACACAUAUGAGGAGCCACAAUGGAGAAAAGCCUUUUGUCUGCUCAGUGUGUGGUCAAAGAUUUAAUCAGAAGGGAUCCUUAGAAAGACACACAAGAACCCACACUGGCGAAAAACCUUUUACCUGCUCAAUUUGUCAUCAAAGAUUCAGGUACAACAGCAACAUGAUACUCCACACAAGAAGCCACACUGGUGAAAAGCCUUUUUCCUGCUCAGUUUGUGGAAAAGGUUUUGUUCAGGCGGGAGACUUGAGAAAACACACAAGAAUCCACACUGGCGAAAAACCUUUUGCCUGCUUAAUUUGUGAUCAAAGAUUCACUCAAAAAAAUAGCUUGAAAAUACACACAAGAACCCACACUGGUGAAAAGCCUUUUUCCUGCUCAGUUUGUGGAAAAGGUUUUGUUCAGGCGGGGGACUUGACAAAACACACAAGAACCCACACUGGUGUAAAACCUUUUUCCUGCUCAGUUUGUGGUCAAAGAUUCACUCAAAAAAAUAGCUUGAAAAUACACACAAGAAUCCACACUGGCCAAAAACCUUUGUCCUGCUCAGUUUGUGGAAAAGGUUUUGUUCUGGCAGGAGAUUUAACAAAACACACAAGAACCCACACUGGCCAAAAGCUUUUUUCUGCUCAGUUUGUGAUCAAAGAUACAUGCACAACAGCAACUUGAUAUUUCACACAAGAACCCACACUGGUGAAAAACCUUUUUCCUGCUCAGUUUGUGGAAAAGGUUUUGUUCAGGCAUUAGACUUAACAAAAAGGGCAACUGAAGAGCUUUUCGGAUUUCGCUCUUGAGUGUUUUACACAGUUGAAUUGUAUUAAAUGUAUCAUUCGCUGUCUCAAAAAGUCACAUUAAAAAAAUAAAAAUAAUAAUUGACCGCGUAGUUUUUGAGUUAUGGCCAUAGCAACACCAUAGCAACGAGGGACGCGCCGCCCUGCCGACCGCUACCUGAUGACAUAACUUCCAGGAAGCCUCGCCACCACUCUGAACACAGAAAUAUAGCACCACGCUAUCCUCGCCGUAUAUUGCAAACAUUUUCUGGGUUUUACUCGCGAGAUUCGUCAUGCCAUUUCGAUGUGUAGCGAUGAAUUGCUCACAGGAAGACUCGAGACUCUGAGUGGUCCAAAAAAACUUUUGCAAAUGUUUGGACCGUUUUUGUGAGCAUGCAUACAGGUCCCCAAUCGGCUCAUUGUUUUCAUCAUUUCAGCGACGACAGCUUUGAAAACCUACAACAAUGCAACGUUGGUUUUACAAAGACGUAAGUAGAGACCCUUAAUGGCUUUUAUGAUUCUAAAAUUUAAUGCACUUCUGUUGAUAAACGAGGGGGACUCCUACUGCCUGUUUGUUGAAGUGUGACAUUUUUUGUUGUUGCUGUUGCCCUUGUCAUAAGGAGAUAGGUUAGGAAUAGGUUACAGUAUUGCCAAAAGUAUUGACUCACACGAUUUAACUCUCAAGUGCCAUUAUAUAUAUACAGUAUAUCCAAUACUGUUCCUGUUUCAAACGACACUUUUCACAGAUAUUUGAAACCGUAGACCCCAAAUUAAAAAAAAAAAAAUCAAAAGUGAUUCUAUAACACAGCCUCACGAGAUGCUUUCAUCAUUGCUGACUUUAGUGAAAUAUUAAUAUUAUUACUUAAUUGCUAAUUGCAGCUUUUGUCCACCUUUCAGACAGAAUAACAUCAUGCAAAUGGGUAGUAGUGGCACAUAUCCUCCUUGGGACCAUGUAUAUUGUAAAAAUGGCUGUGGCUUUUUUUGUUUUUUUAAACUUCUUUACUAAAAUGCAACUGAUUGUGCUCAAUGUGCCAAUAAUAUUGCAUUAAAUUGACUUUAAUGUCAGAAGGCUAUUAGAUAGUAGGGUGUCCUAACUUUUUCCUCAGUUAGAAUAUGUAUUUUCGUUUAUACUUGCUUUAAUUAGUAAAAAAUUAUUUUUUGUU